GGCAGCGUGUAGUAGUGUAGAACCAAAACUCAUACUUUAUCGCCCGCUGCGCUAAGAAUUGAUAGGAACCUAAACAAUCAUGUCGCGGAAAAGCAAAACCACAGCAGAUAACAAUGAUAACGAGUUAAAUCCACAGCUUUUGUGGUAACCAGUAGUGAAAGUAAUUGCAGACGAUCAAUCGGUUAUAUUCUUCGCGACAAGAAACACCUGUACGUAUUCAGUCGGUAUGUUUCACUAUAAAUGCAAAAAGUGCGCGUGAACGAACCUAUACAAUGCCCGCCCACAACGCUUAACAAUCAACGAAAAGAAGCAUUGGAAUACUGAUGCAGUACCUCAGGGAACGAUUAUCUUUGAAUCUACCUCAGGGCCAAACAUUAGAUGCCAAUGCCGCAUAUGGAACACAUGGCAGUACAAGUAAUACACCGCCCCAAAACACACUACCUAAACCUCCAGAUGGAGAAAUUCGCGAUGGCAAAAAAUCAUCAGAGGUGACUGUAUCUCCAACGACAUCUGCGUUUUCUGGAGCAUCAUUCCACAGUACGCAACCAAAAACGCUUGGAACGCCACCGUCCGCCUACAGUACUCCAUUUCAAAGUCCAGUGGCUUCCGAAAAAUGGAAUCCACAUAGUCAACGUGUACUUCCCCAACAGACAACAAGCACCGUUGUUCAAGUUGAUAAGACCACGCCUUCGCCCACGGGUGUCUUCGUUAUCGACCGUGGACAAUUCAGCAGCUAUCCACACAGUUUUGCAACACCUGUUACAGGUGGGUACGUGAAUCAUUCGUUCGCCAAUGACAGUGGCAACAACGGACGUCCCAAUCAACCACAAGUUAUCCGCGAGCAGUAUUGGAGCUGGUCCUGCAGAUGCCGGCGUCAGUUAAGCCACCGCGAGAAAGUAAUGCUUUUAGUUAUUGGCUUCCUAUUACUAAUUGUUGGCGGAUUAGCGGCUUAUCUGGGCAUAAUAUCGAACGAUGGCAAUCCUCUUCAGGGUGGAAUUCUAUCGCCUGGUGUUCUAAAUUACAAAGCCGCGGAGUAAGCAACAUUACGAAUCGUCCGUCACCACAACAACUGAAACUUCAUAAAUGCAAGCAAGUGUACCUUACAAAAAAUAUUCGAAAAGUAAAUAAGCAGGGAUGGGAAUUAUCAUUCAUUCGCAUGAUUCUUAGCGAAUCCGUUCAUUGCUUUGACAGCAGCCAGUCGUUCAUUCACGAUCCGACUAAAACUCUCCAAAAGAACACAUCUGAACGUAGGUAGAGAUGAACUUCCGAAAAUGUGAGCCAGGUAAAAGAAUGACACGUACUAUGUUGAAUGAAGAAGAUCGUGUUCUUCAUACGCGGAUUGAAUCGGAAGAUUGUACUGUAAACAUUCACAAGUGAAUCAACUUUUAAAUCACAAAUGAAUAUGACAUUGUAUUCUCUGGUUGGGUUAGGUCAACUUUAUAGUGCAAAUGUACACUAUAAUCAAUGUUGAGAAGUAGAUUGCACUACAAUCCACUUGAUAUUGAUAUUGUGAUAUGCACGGAAUCGUUUUAAGAAGUUAUUUUUUUCACCAGCACAUUGCAAACUACUUUCUCAACAAUAAGAGAUCACCAAGUGAAAAUUUCAUAGGUCUAUAAACAAGAACGACAAGUUUUUUUUAUUAGAACGAUCCGGUGAAUGAAAUGAAUCUUUGUGAAUGAAAGAAUGCAUUCAUUUGCGAUCCUUUCUGCUUUCAUUCAAAACACUACGUAUGCGAUGGAGAAUGAAUCAUAGCCGGGCGCUGACACUUUUUUCAGUUUUGUGUUUUGCUUCUCGCUUUCACAUGAACGCGUAACUCUGCACAAGAAGGGUUGCCGAGAUCGGGUUUCACAGUAAGAGCAUGUUGGUGGAUGAUUUCAAAUUGAUCGUUUCGUGAAAUGAUUUUUCCCAUGCCUGUAAAUAAGUUCUAACAACUGUACUCAAUUAUUCGUAAUAUAUAUAUGUUGACAGCCUAGAAAAACUCUUGAGGAAUAAUCUUAAAAUCUGAAACCAUAU